GAGAUAAAGAUUUCAGACAAAGAAAAUUUGGAAGACAAAGAAUUGAAUGUGAAGAUAGUUGUGAUGGCAGUGAUUUUUUUUUUUUAAUGUUUAAAUAAAAUCUCAAUCAGUUGUUUGCUAAGGGAUGGUGAGUCCGCAUUUGCUCGCACACAGUAACUUCUGUAGGAGUUGGGGAGAGUAGGAACGGGACUGGAGGCUGCUUGUUAACAUUUCUUUCCGAGGACGAGGCUGAACUACUGUGGCAGAGACCUGUCUGUCGUUGGUGUGACUGUGGCGAAGUCACGGGAGCUGCGGCACUGCCCCGGCCGCGGGGACAUCUCUGCGCCCUCAUCCUGGGACAGCUGUCGUUGGGAGGGCCUCCAAGAAUGGUCACUGAAAUGCCUUGGAAUAAAAGUUUGAACCGCACAGCCCGCUUGCCGGUGCGAGUUUUACUUGUUUGGGUUUGGUGGUUGGGUUGGUUUCCCCCCCGCGUUAAGUUCUGCAGUCCGAUUACAAACCUAUUUAAAUAGGAAAAGCCUUYUGGAAGGCGCCCAGACUACAGCUCCCGUCAGGCAGCGCGCCCGGCCUCGUUGUCGUCGGCCGCGGGGCCUGGCGGGAGAUCUCGCGAGGAUAGGGGCGUGGCGUGGGCGGGCCCGCGCGCGGGAGAUUUUGGCGGGCUGGCGAAGAUGGCGCGACUGUGAGGGACGGGAGGCAGCGCUGCUUGCUCCGUGCCAAGAGCCGGCAUGGGUUCCAAAUGGGAGAGCGAUCACCUCUGGCUCUGCUUGCUGGCUUUGGGCUUCUACCCGAAAUACCACUCUGGCGUGAGACUAGGAAGGGAUAUGUUUGCUAAACCAAACAACAGAGCGUUUACUGCCGUUGCCCUCUUCUUGUUUACUAAGCUAGAUAAGCAUCGUGCAAAACGAACUUUCAAGAAAUGGAGAUGCACAAAACUAGCAAGUCCUAGAUUUAGGAGGCAGUGCUGUGUGUGGCUAAGAGAAAUUGCGAAUCACACGGAAAGAGGUAUUCCACGAAUUACACCUUCCACACUGAUUUGUCCUGGUGGUGCUAAAUUUAUUCAUGUGGUCUACCGUUUUGCAAGAUACGUAAUGAUUGAGGACAUGAGAAAGCUCUCUGCAGGCACUGAUAUACCUUUUGCUAAAGCUCUAAUGAGGAGACCUGAGGAUAUGUACAUAGCAAAAGCAAGACAUAGAGUUGCAUACAAUAAACUGCUACAAAUUAUUCAAAGGGAAGACUUCAUUAUUCAAGAAUACGGGAGAAAAGCACGGGUUUUAAUUAGAGAAACAGAAUGGACAAAGUCUAAAUGUGCAGCAAUGCAGAAGCAGUCUUGGAGGAUGAAACAAAAUAACCAAAACAAAAAUGACACAACUGAGAGAAUUCAGAAGGUCCGCAGUAUGUGGACACUUAUAGUGGAAACGCUUACAUCUAUUAAAAAGGAAAAGGACCUUGUGGAUUCUGUACUUGCAGACUGUGUUCAUCCAUGUCUUUUGGAUGGAACUGAUGUUGUUUUCCGUGUUCCACGGUUGUUGACUUACAGUGUUGAAAGUAACAUAUAUGGCUUUUGUACAGCAAAUAUGUAUGAAGAUGAGAAACUGAAUUUCCUAACAGUUAUUCAGUUAGUAAAUGAAGCCUUGUGUACRCUGAGAGAUGAACAUUGUCCGUGUAAAUUAAAAGAACCUCACAGAAUUGGGGAUAUGGUUGCAUCCUGCAAGAGACUACUAAGGGACUUGAACACAAGAAGUCUAAGAGAGCACAGGCAUUGUGAGCAAAAGCAUCCAUCUGUUUCCGGAAGCCAGGAAAACUGGGAAUCAAAAUGGAGAGCGAUUCUUGGCCAGUGUCCUUUUUAUUUACUCUUCGAAGAUGAUCUGGAAACAGCUUUGCCAUUCCAAUAUUCUAAUUCUUCAGAUGAAGAUGAGUCAUUGUCAGGUUUUUAUUACUCUCUUCAAGAACAUGAUGAGAAGGAUGAUGAGGCUUUGGAUACCGUGAAGGAUGUGACAUUUGUACCCUCAGGAUGUCUCGUCCUGUCUCCCUUCUUGAGGAAGUCAUCAGUGCCAUCAUUAUCAGAAGAAUCUGAAACCAGUGACCUGCUAAUUGAAAAUAACUUGCAAACUUGUGUGGGAAAUAAAACACUUGUGCCUCCAAGAAUCUUAAAAAAUGGAAAGGAAGAAUUCCCCACUUCAGAAAUGAAGGAGAAUCCAGGUAAAGAUGUUAGCCAGCCAAAGUCUCCUGUUAAAAAAGAAGACCUUCUUGAGAAAGCCAGAGAUGAACUGGCAGAAGAGGUUGCAAAGUCAGUGAUGUCUGAGUCACCUGACACYGGUGAAGAAAAAGGAAUGCCAUUAGAUGAUCUCAUUAGCUCACUGUCUUUUAACCCAUUUUUAACAAGGAAGCAAAUACCCCGAACGCCAGAAAAUCUGCUUAUUGAAAUCAGAAGCUCGUGGAGAAAAGCUAUUCAGACUGAGGGUUCAUUAGACACGGAACUGUCCUCAGCUGAAGUGGUGACAGAAAAAUCUUCAAUAAAUGCUACACUCAGUAAGCAAGAGGAGAAUGACUCUACCCUUGUGUGCUCUGAGCCUGCAUCUCCUUCCGUGUCAGAAAAGAAGUCGCAGUUAAGUUCAACAGAAUCUAUUCCUGAGGAGCAAGUGAGCAUGAGUCACACAUUUGAAUCUUCAGAUUCAAAAACAUCUGGAAUUCAAGAGAGUGAGAGAAGUGAAUCAGAGAAACUUGAUUGUUCUGCUUUGAAUGGAAGUUUUGUAGAAGAUCUAAGUCAGACUUUGCAAAAUACAGAGAGGAGCAUAGAUAUUCCAGAUACUUGUUUGGAAAGUAGUAGGAAAACAAAUAGACUACUAUCAGAUCACUGUCGCAUUUUUCAGUCGGAUGAGAAGCUGUGCACUAGUUUAUCUUUAUUAAAUUCUGUCAUUCAUGAAACUGACAUGGGGAUAUUGGAUGAGACACUUCCAGAAUCUGAUAGCAUAGAUCUCAGCAUAUCUGCAGAUUCUUUUUUUUAUACAAUGGACGGUGCAAACGUAACAGGUGGCUCAGAAAAUAACGAGGAUAUUAAAAAGUUGGAUAUAGAUAUCCAGUCCCUAUCCACUUCACAUGAAGUGUUAAAAAGGAMUGCAUAUCAGAGUGAAGAGGAGCUGCAUCAAACACAUAAUGGAGAUGAAGCUGAAAAUUAUAGAUAUGAACUAAGUCCUAUACCAGAAGAAAUAGAGAGGUAUGAUGAUGAUGCUUUUGUGGAUGAAGGAUUUACCAAGACGCCAUUGCCAGCCUCUUCUAAUGAAGGCAAAUAUUCCCUAUCAUCUUUGCUGAUAACCUGUAAACAGCUGGAGGAAGUGGUACAUGAAGUCCCAUUAGACUUACCACAUAAAUUGAAGGAUAAGAACAGUUGAGUUAGAAGCCAAGCACAAAGGAACCUUCAUCCGGAUGGAAUUUGUAAASCAGCAUAACCAUAACAGUGCAUUUAUGGUUCACUUUAGUGUGUAGUAUCUUCUCCAAGCAUUGUCUGGAUUUUGUUGGAGACUGUGUUCCAAUAUCCUUGUUUUGAGUGUCAGUUGCCUGGUCUGGCUCCAGAGUGGCCUUCUAUGUACAGCCCAUCAUCUACACGCAGAAUUAUAUUUUAUUUUCUAGGCAUAUUUUAAAAAAUAGUAUAUGUUGAGUAUAUGGCAUAAUCCUAAAAAUGAAAAAAUGAAAUGUCAAAGAAGAAAUGGUGAAAUCUGUUAAUUUGCUCCUAAUCCACACCCCAUGCCCCUCCCCAGCCUUCAACCCAACAGAUUCAGAUUUUACUUGGUGCACUGCACUCCUUURCAUUAAUCUCUCACUGAAACUUUAGGAUUAUAUUGCCAUCAGUUCUGUUGAUAAAACAGAACAGARGCUGUUCUCUUUUUCUAAACUUCACUGGAGUGCAUUUUUCUUUAGCUGUAUUACUGAAUAAAUGCUUUACACUAAUGUUACAAAAUUGUAUGACUUAUGGUAGGGUUAAUGCUGCUUGAUUUUAGCCACUGACAUGCACUUAYUGUAUUGUGAUGUAACUGGUAAUAGAGCCUGCGAUAAGGUGAGAAAGUAAAAGUUGAGGUUCCGAGAGGUAAACUGCUUGUAAAAGUUACUACUAGCCUAAUGUGUUCAGACUCUGAAGAAUUGUCAAAUAAAGUUGUUUCUAUGCUCAGCUUUGAAUUUUGAGUUGCCUGUGGAGCCCUGGCCUCACAUUUCAAGUUAUGUAAAAAAGCAGUCUUUACUUGUUGCAGUUAUGUUUAACAUUAUGGUUUUUGUUUUAUAGGUACUAGCUGUCCUGUCCACUGGUUUGUGUUGGAUACUUGGGCCGUUUUUGAUUAGGCCUUAAUUGGAAGGCCACCAUAAUUAGUUUGAAAUUCUGGAUAAAAUUCUCAUGUAGAGCGGUAAUUUACUGAUUUAGUGAGGGGAAGCUGAAAACAGCAGGGUAUUAUGAGCGGCCAGAAAUACAACUGUAUAAAUUACCUGUCUAAUGUGAGUGAUGGCACCUGCAGGCAGUUUGCAAAUGAUAAAAAAGUCAGAGAAGCAUUUGGUACACCAUUGUGUAUGUUGCCAUUAAGAGGGACCCCAACAGAAUGAAUAAAUGGGUCAAYACAAUUCUUCACUAGAUUUUAGUCUAAAAACCUCUUGGAACAAUGACUGUYUCUACUUGUGUCAUUACUCAACUGCUUUCAAAGAAAAAAAAUAAUGUGUAAAUAAAUUCUCUUUAAACWACUAAUAAUGUCCAAACACUAGUGAAAUGAUUGUGUCAGUGGCUCCUGGAGUACUUAACGAUAAACAUUACAAGCAUUCUUGCAGCUUUCCCUGUCAGGUGUGUCCACAUACAAACUAGUACAGUGUAUGCAACUGUAAGAGACAGGUUACCAGAAAUACAUAAAUGAGUGACUGUGGAUGAGAUUCAUGUCUUGGGAUGAUUGCCUACACAUAAAUAAAUCAGAAACCACUGUUGGYGUCAUGCAAAAACACCAUCCAGUGUAAUAUAUUAUUUAGAAGUUAUAAAAUACCCAGAGUGGAGRCAGAAGGGUGCUCCCAACUCUCUGCAAUUCUGCUUUUUGCCAGUUAAGCACAGAACUCCCCAGCYGUAAGACUAUGCACAAGUCUGUCAGACCCAGCUGAAUAGCUUCACAUUGACUGAAGAGUAGGUGAUACGUAUGUAGGGAGGGAUGUUCUGAAAGCAUUCUCCUGCAGAAGGGCUACCUCCAAAUGCUGCUCCACGAGCUAUCUCACCUGAAGUGAAGCAUUGCAGGGGUAAGAGAGCUCUCAUACCAACAGAGUAAUUUCUACCUAAGUUUUUCCAGAUGAUGGAACACAGAAGAUUGAACCAGGGCUAUCAAGCCAAGCAUGUAAUUCAGGCUUGCUAAAAGACUGCUUGAGCUCAAUCUAAGUACUUCUGUUUUAUGGCCCUGUGCAUCACAUCCUCCCCCAACCUGUUUUGUUUGGGGUAGAGUGGUUUUUUUUUUUCACAGUGGCUGGUAUGGGGCUCAAACCACUUUCUUGUUUUYACCCUUCUGAUCCUCUCCCAUUACUUGCAGAAAUCCACUGACAGAACUAUACUUGCAUUUUUCAACUUCCAGUGAACUGGUGACAUUCUAAUGUUCUUACAUUCUUUGUAUUUGUCCAUAAAGAGUGAUUUAUGUUCAGUACAGACAGAACAUACAAAACACAGACUCCAAAAUUACAUUUUCCAUUGAUCUUAGGGGCCUGGGACUGCUAAAUCCUUGUCAUAUCAGUAAAGACCAGGGCUGAGACCUGAGAUUCAGAGGUCACACCCUGACUCUUCAAUGUCGUUUAGGUGCUCAGGUAACAYGAACAGCCAGUUCUUGCAAAUCAAAACUGUUGAUCUUGUAGAAUGAUGCAAAAUAUAAUUGGAAUGAGCCAAGAAUAAUUUCCUGGGCGUUGUGCACCAGUGCUGGCUUUCAUUUUAGGCAGAUUUUCUGCACUAGGAGGAACAAUCUGUGUUARUGCUGGUGGAGUGGGUAAGCUUUGCUCACCAUGUGUCUCUAAGGCCUCUCCCUGCUGCUUAGCACGUUUUGAUUUGGAAGCCUGUAUUAGUCAUCAGUAUUUAUUUUAACCGUUGUUUUUCAGUUAGUGGGGCGUGCUAGUGGUUAGAAAAUCCUGACUUUAUCAUUAUUACAGUUCAAUGCUCUGGCAGUAAUUUUUAAACUUAAUGCAUAAGUAGGAGGGUGAAUUUUUUUUUUUUUUUUGCAUAUUAAUUCAAAAUAGAAAUUUUGAAAAUAUUUACUGAAUAAAACCCCAGAAACUUACUGAAUUGUUAUGCAAGCGARUUGAAGACACCUUGUCCUUCUGACAGUCCAGAUUAUUGCAUGUGGUCUAUAUACUAAGGGSUCACCUAAAGGGGAUUUAUGAAAAGGAUCCUUAAAUCCUGUGAGAUCAGUAAUCUUGUUUCUCUCCAAGGUAAUUACUGCRCAAGUAAUACCACAUAGUCUUCCAAGAUAAUGGGAACAAUUGUAUUUGCCGUUGUUUGAUGUCCUGGACUUUUCACCAGAAGAUGGCAGCACUUUUACUUUACUUAAGUUUUAAGAUAACUUUAUGUUAGUCACAAAUAUUUCUACUUAUUGUUGGGUAAAUGUAGAGAUACUGUGCUAGAUACUUGGAAAUAAAUAGCUUACCAGAGACAGGAAGAAAACUGGCAUUGCAAAGUGUUGCAUGUCAAGCCUUUUAGGUGGGUUUCUAGCUCUGGCUGGCUGCUGAUCUUCAAGUCCUCUGCAAGUCCUGGUCAUUGCUCARCAAAGUCCUUUUACUUGACAGUUUUCAAGAACAUUUGGAAGAAAAACCAAAGCGGGUGGAACUGUUGCUUAAGGAAAUUUGAAUUGCUCCGUAUUGCAUUUCAGGUCAAGAAAAUGUUCCAUUCUGUUCCUAGAAUUAAUUUUCCUGGCAAUAAACCAGUUAAAUGUGAAUGCAUGUUUUCUGUGAGAGAAAUGGCAAAAGUGGAGAAAGGACUGGAAUUGAUGGUACAGAAAGAAUUCUUGUUUCCAAGCCUAUGAAAAUAAUGAUAAAAAAUGAUUUUUUUUAUAAAA